UCCAUCUAUUAAACUGUAUUCUGACCGUAUUAAACGUCAUUAAUAAUGUGUGGACAAAUAUUAUUUAAUUGAAAAGUUCUUUUACUAUUUUAAAAAGAUAGUUCCUUUUAAAUUAGAAUGUUAAUUUCUUUGUAAUAGAGUGUUACAAACUAAAGUGGCUUAUUACUCAAUGUGUCAUAUUUUUUCUGUAAUCAGGCAACCACAAUGAAAAAGUUGUUUUCUAAAAUUGAAACAAAAAUCGACAACACAUCUAGGGAAGGCAAUAGUUACAUAGGAAAAGCAUUUACUGUUGGCCGACAAACAGUUACAGUUGAAGAUAUUUUAGCAGAAGGUGGUUUUGCAAUUGUAUAUUUAGUAAAAGCCAAUAAUGGCUGUCGAUAUGCUCUUAAGCGAAUGUAUGUCAACAAUGAUCAGGACCUUAAUGUUGCCAAACGUGAAAUUCAAAUAGCUAGCAGUUUAAGUGGUCAUAAAAAUAUAAUUGGCUAUGUGGACUCUAGUUUGACAGCAACAGGGGGUGGAGUUUAUGAAGUUCUAUUAUUAAUGCCUUAUUGUCCAGAAAAUGUUUUUGGAUUGAUGAAAGCACGUGGUAAAGCAAAUUUUACUGAAGUAGAAGUUUUAAGUAUAUUCUGUGAUAUAUGUGAAGCAGUUUCCCGAUUACACCAUUGUAAGACUCCAAUUAUUCAUCGUGAUUUAAAGGUAGAAAAUAUUUUGGUAAGAGAAAAUGGAAAUUAUGUAAUAUGUGAUUUUGGGUCAGCCACAGCAAGGGUGUUAAAUCCUACUGAAAAAGGUGCUGCUGCUGUGGAAGAGGAAAUCAAACGUUAUACAACAUUGAGCUAUAGGUCCCCUGAAAUGGUGGAUAUGUAUAGUGGUAAAGUGAUAUCGACAAAGGCUGACAUUUGGGCUCUUGGUUGCUUGUUGUAUAAAUUGUGUUUCUUCACCUUGCCAUUUGGCGAGAGCACUCUAGCAAUUCAGAGUGGGAACUUUAGCAUUCCAGAUUAUUCACGUUAUUCUACAGGUCUUCAUAAAUUAAUUAAGUACAUGUUGGAACCAGAUCCAGACCAGAGACCUGAUAUCUAUCAAGUUAGUUGCAUAGCGUUUCAGUUGCUUGGAAAAGACAAUCCUGUGAAAAACUUAAUGAAAACUCCAAUUCCAAACAUAGAAGAACUGUCGGUUCCACCCCUAGAAUCUGAAUUGAAGAAAACUCAGAUAAAAGUAAUAAAUAAAGCUCCUAUUAUUAGUGCUGUGGAGGGAACAAGUGUAAUGCCGAGACAACGACCUAAAGGAAGCUCAUCGACCCCAUUAAAUCUCAAUAAUAUCCCUCUCACGAUCAGCCCAAGUCCAACAUCAAUCAAAAAAUCGCAGAGUCCCAUUGCCCAAAUACCCCAGCAACAAAAUUUCCAAGGUAACAUUUCCUACGCUGCGCCUUUCCCAUCGGCCAUAAAUGCCAACCCUCAAAGUUUCUCACCAGCACGCGACUUCCAACCCAAGUCCGCUUUUUUCUCCUCCGGAGCGGAAGUACCCCAACCUCACUUAGAUUCCCUCUUUCAGUCUUCCAUCUAUCCUGAUCCAUUCCGAGAUGAUACUUCGUCACCUACAACCUUGACAGACAUCCCUAAUGGCAAUAAAACAGAUAACUUUUCCAACCAGUCACCAGCUGGCGUUCCAGUGAAUGUCGUUUCCCCAUUGUCACCGGAAAAUCCUCUGUUUGGCUCCGGUAGCGUUAACCAUGGGAUUACAUCACAGAUGAAGUCAGGAUUGACAGAGUCUAGCAGCAUUGUUGGAACAACAAAUACUCCUCCUUCCACACCAACACUUUCCAUUCCUAAAGGACACCGUCGUAAUAUGAGUGAUACAACUGCCUUUAAUAAAGCAUAUGCUACCGAAACAUCUCAGUUUUUGGCACCAUUUGAAUCCUCGAUUAAACCUCGAGCUAGUGAUUCACCAACUUGUUCAGGAGAGGAUGUCAAUAGACCACUAGCUCCAAUCGGUACAUCAGCAUCGACAACUGAUGUAAGUCACCCUAUGGCUCCAGAUAGUAGAUCGCUCUCUGCCGAUGUAGCAGAUUGGAACCCGUUCGAAGAGACGCCAUUUAGUCAGAUGACUGAAGAUCACAUCUUCGGCGCCGAAUUUGAUAAAAUAAGAAGGGGCAGUCAGAGUAGUAUACAAGGUGUUAAAUCUCGAGAAAGUCUUGUAAUGUCAGUUACAGAAGAUCCUUUCGGCAGUGCUCCUUUUAGUCUUCCUAUUAGGACCCGUGAUAGAUCAAACAAAGCAGGACUACAUUCCUCAGUUACACCAGUGUAUAAAAAAAUCAUAACAGAACCUUUGAUCGAGGAGAGCCUCCCCUAUGAUUACUCGCCAGAGCAAAAUCUAGUUUCUUCUGAAGGAGAAGCACCUCUCAUUAAAACAGAACCCGAGAAUGAUAUGUCUCCGCCUUACAUAAAGGCGCCUUUAGAGGACCGUUCGAAAUAUGAAAAGUUAAUACAGGGUGUAUAUGAUGUAACUUCAAACAGUAGCUCUGAAGAAGAAGUCGAGAAUAUUAAACCACAAGAUAAAACGAAAAAGAAAAGAAAAAUCAACAUCCCCGAGAAACUACAUUCUGUAUAUAAAACUGUUGAAAUACCUAUUAAAAACUUUAGAUCUGAACGUAAUAGAGAAGAAAAGGCAACCGAAAAUGAUAAGCGGAGGCCCGAUAAAAAAAAUGGCUCUGUUGCCGUAGAUUCGGAUGAUUCAAUAGGAUCUGCAAGCGAUUUAAGAAUAGACGAAGAUGUAGUGGAAGCCGCACCUGUCAAAGAAGAUGCAGUUAGUGAAACGAUUAGCGAAAGUAUAAAGACCUGCGGUUCGUCCGCGUACCACGCAGAAUGCGAAAGUAUGGCUACGCACGAAGAAGACUGCACAAGUAGAAUAAUAAGAGCUAAACAGCGGGAAGAAGCUAAGAAGGCAGCUAUUCAAUCGGAAGAUAUGUUAUUUGUAGGUCAUCAAUAUGGCGAACGACCUUUGCUCAUGGACGACGAGUUAGAUUCAGACUGCGAAAUUAAAUUCAAUCCAAAGUGGACGCCUGAUAAAGCUAAAAAGAAACAAACUGAUAUAUGGAUAGCCCCGUCUAGUAGUUUUGAGGAUCACGAUGUAUUUGCAAUGGCCCCAUUCGGUAAAACAAAAGUAAAAAGUAGACAAACCGAAGAGGUUAUUGAGGUGAAAGAGCAGGAAAAUAUAUUGCCUGUACCAGUUCCGCAGGUUUUUGAGAAAGAAUCCUUUGCGGAUUUUUCGGUCAACCAAGUAGAUACCGAUAAUACUGAGAUCAAACCUACCAGUAAUAUUUCCCUAAAUCCUUUUCUCAGUUCUGAUUUCGGUGUCGAUAAUGAAGCACCCGCUACAUCAAAUUACAACAUACUGACAAUAAAUUCGAAUUUCGAUAGCGGAAAUGUAGUAACUCAACCAAUAAAUUUCUUUGAACAAGCAGCAUUUGAAACGAACUUCAUUAGUAUUCACCAUUAUUCACCUGUUGCUUCAAGUAAAGAAGGAACUGUGUUUGAAGGCGUUAACACGCCAGAAAAAGAACAAUAUUUCAUAGAUUUGGAGAGUCCCCAGGAGUUUCAGUUGCCACAAGAAAAAAACAAUUUUUCCGUGAAAAGUAGCUCAUCAGGUAAUUUUCACGAAGAAUUAUUUGCGUCAGAGCCACAAGACGUAUUCCAGAAAGGGAAGAAGGAAAAAAAGAAAGAUAAAGAUCUGAAGUCCAAGUAUCAAUUAAUUGAUGAAAGCGUGUCCGACGAGAGUUCCAGUUUCAUGGCAAAGCCUGUAAAAGUGUCUAGGAACCUUAAUUCUUACAAGAAAGGCAGUGGCAAAUCAAAAAAAUCUUCAUUAAAAAUUAAAAUGGACGGUGGAUUUAGUAAUAUGAGCUUCGAGGAUUUUCCCUCUGACGAAAGGGAAAUUAUAGAAAGCUCUAUUAUGCCCUUUGAGGUUCUGAGAACUCCUGAACAAGAAGAAAAGAAAUUUGGUUCCAAAAGGAUGGGUAAUCCAUUUUCCUGAGAAGUUGUUAUUUGAAAAUAAAAACCUAGAAGUAUUCUCCUAACGAAUUGAUAAUGUCAUUUAGUGCAGCUAAAGAUGGACUUGAUAUUUAAUGUUUUAUUAGUUUUAAAAUCACUUUAUACACGUGAAAGUACUGUUUGAAAUUGAAGCUUUGAAUUUUAGUACUUUAAAUUUAUAGUGGUAGGUAGUAAGUUUAAAAUUUUUCUAUUUUUACUUCACUGUUCGGUGCGGAAAUAUGGAUGAAAAAUUAUUGAAUUUUUUUUUUUAAUUGAAUAUGGUUUUUGUUACGUUUUUUGACAAUUUUACAAUUCAGAUUUAAAUUUCAUCAGUAUUAGCUACAAAUCGAGUAUUUUCAAUUCUGUACAGGUAACUUUGAGGUCUGAAAAUAAUAUGUGAUUAUUUAAAAUCUUAUAUUUUAUUUUACGCAACACUUAGGUAAAUGAAUCCUUAAUCGACAUACGUGGGUACCUAACUAUAUAGGUAUGUGACUGAGUUAUCAUACGCAUAACAUAAAUAAAUCAAAUGUAAUUCUAACAUUCUCGUUUCAAGAAAAAUUCCAGUUCUUUUAUAUUGCUUUGUAAAACUAUUUUCAUUAUUUUUAUAUGGCUUAUCAAUUUCUUGUUGCAUUUAGUAUGCCAAUAAAUGUAUCUUGCAAUCAAAAGAAAUAAAUCCAUCCUGAAUUAUUAUAGAAAUUUAUACAGAGUUCUUCACGGUAAGUGGCCUAUUAAACAUUUCACAAGGAGAAGGCAAGGUAAUUGGAUUUUUAUAAUUUUUGAUAUUUAUGAUACGUGUAGUUUGGACCUUGAAUAAGAAUUUUCCUUAAGUAGUUCGACACAACGUUACCGAUAUAAUCGAUUUUGAAGUUUAACCUGCCAGCUGAAUCCACUACUAGAUGCGACACAUUUUUCAACUGGGAGCGUGGCCUAGUUAGUAGCGUUCAGUUCCGAUAGUCACAACGCUGGUUCGAGUCUCGCCGCACGACAUUUUUUUUUCCCCUUCAAAUCACACCAAUAAGUUUUUUUUUAUUUUUUUUCUCAUCUCGAAAAUUAUGAACAAACGAAAUAUUAUGAUAACUACAUACGUGGUACAUAUAUGUAGGAAUAUUCUUCAAAUAUUUCA